AUGGCUCAGUCUGCUAACACUGUGGACCAGGAUCUGGCCAGCAAGAGGCUGCACUCGAGGUAGGACCUGACCCGGGGGGAUGGGAGAGGGUUAGUGUGUUGUGGAUUCCUGGACGGUCGGCACAGCCUGUUCUUAGUGGGGGGAGGAGAGAGGAAAGACCGGGAAAGAGGAGAGGGAGCGGCUGGGCUGAGAGACACAAGGGCUACCGGCUCGCUGCCUGAGGAGGAGUUAGACAGGGGGAGCUAACCUAGCCACAGCUCCCUGUGAGUAGGCUACAACUCCAGCCAAAGCCCCAAUCCCAAGCCUCAUUCCUGGACUCGGUCCUGGAUAUCUUCUUAGCCUGUCCUCUCCCAGACUGAUCUUGCUUCUGCUGUGGGCUCCUAAGUGAAUGUGCAGACUGGAAGGAGCUGGCUGGUUGGGAUUGGGCUCACACACACACACACACACACACACACACACACACACACACACACACACAAAGGGUCAACUGAGCAAGCAGAGCACACAGCUGCUCAGUAAACUCUGUAUCUGUGGUAGGUGGAUUUGUAUAUGUAACAGUAUGGCUGUCUAGGGGUGCAAUAAUCUUCCUCCGUCUUUGCAUGCAUGUCGAGACAGCUAUGCCUUUCUCUGUUCCCUUUCCCUCUGCUCUCUCUACUGCUGACUGUACUAUAUCAAUUGGUUCCACACAGCUUUGAGGUUAAACAUUAUGGGCAGUUGAAUUAUAGACAGUACUGAAAGUAUGACAGUGGAAAGAAUGGUGUGUAGGUUUUAUUGUAGAUUUGAAUGUCCUGAACUAAUAAGGGUUACACAAAGUGUGUGGAUCCCAAAAUCCCCUCUAGUAUGUUGGAUUGAUUAGCUUAACAAAAAGACACUGAGGACAAAUCUGGAUAUACAGUAUAAAGGAUGACCACCAGACUUCAUAUUUGACCAGUUGGCCGUGUCAGGGAUGGAAUCUCUGACAAUUAUUAUUAUUAUAAUUUUUUUUUAGGGGGUAGAUCAGCUUUAAUAUUGCAGAUAGAUUGUAACUUCCAUCAAUGUAAUUGUCUGCAUCACUUCCAAUCCCCCAUAUGUUUUUUUUUUCUCGCAUAUAUAUACAGUGGGGGAAAAAGUAUUUAGUCAGCCACCAAUUGUGCAAGUUCUCCCACUUAAAAAGAUGAGAGAGGCCUGUAAUUUUCAUCAUAGGUACACGUCAACUAUGACAGACAAAUUGAGAGAAACAAAAUCCAGAAAAUCACAUUGUAGGAUUUUUAAUGAAUUUAUUUGCAAAUUAUGGUGGAAAAUAAGUAUUUGGUCACCUACAAACAAGCAGAUUUCUGGCUCUCACAGACCUGUAACUUCUUCUUUAAGAGGCUCCUCUGUCCUCCACUCGUUACCUGUAUUAAUGGCACCUGUUUGAACUUGUUAUCAGUAUAAAAGACACCUGUCCACAACCUCAAACAGUCACACUCCAAACUCCACUAUGGCCAAGACCAAAGAGCUGUCAAAGGACACCAGAAACAAAAUUGUAGACCUGCACCAGGCUGGGAAGACUGAAUCUGCAAUAGGUAAGCAGCUUGGUUUGAAGAAAUCAACUGUGGGAGCAAUUAUUAGGAAAUGGAAGACAUACAAGACCACUGAUAAUCUCCCUCGAUCUGGGGCUCCACGCAAGAUCUCACCCCGUGGGGUCAAAAUGAUCACAAGAACGGUGAGCAAAAAUCCCAGAACCACACGGGGGGACCUAGUGAAUGACCUGCAGAGAGCUGGGACCAAAGUAACAAAGCCUACCAUCAGUAACACACUACACCGCCAGGGACUCAAAUCCUGCAGUGCUAGAUGUGUCCCCCUGCUUAAGCCAGUACAUGUCCAGGUCCAUCUGAAGUUUGCUAGAGUGCAUUUGGAUGAUCCAGAAGAGGAUUGGGAGAAUGUCAUAUGGUCAGAUGAAACCAAAAUAGAACUUUUUGGUAAAAACUCAACUCGUCGUGUUUGGAGGACAAAGAAUGCUGAGUUGCAUCCAAAGAACACCAUACCUACUGUGAAGCAUGGGGGUGGAAACAUCAUGCUUUGGGGCUGUUUUUCUGCAAAGGGCCCAGGACGACUGAUCCGUGUAAAGGAAAGAAUGAAUGGGGCCAUGUAUCGUGAGAUUUUGAGUGAAAACCUCCUUCCAUCAGUAAGGGCAUUGAAGAUGAAACGUGGCUGGGUCUUUCAGCAUGACAAUGAUCCCAAACACACCGCCCGGGCAACGAAGGAGUGGCUUCGUAAGAAGCAUUUCAAGGUCCUGGAGUGGCCUAGCCAGUCUCCAGAUCUCAACCCCAUAGAAAAUCUUUGGAGGGAGUUGAAAGUCUGUGUUGCCCAGCGACAGCCCCAAAACAUCACUGCUCUAGAGGAGAUCUGCAUGGAGGAAUGGGCCAAAAUACCAGCAACAGUGUGUGAAAACCUUGUGAAGACUUACAGAAAACGUUUGACCUGUGUCAUUGCCAACAAAGGGUAUAUAACAAAGUAUUGAGAAACUUUUGUUAUUGACCAAAUACUUAUUUUCCACCAUAAUUAGCAAAUAAAUUUGAAAUAUACUUCUCCCAUGGGCUAAGAAACUCAAAAGGGGUGAUGAUAUUAAUUAACAGUAAUUUCGAUCCGAAUGUGCAAAUUGUCCAAACAGAUACGCAAGGUAGAUGGAUUAUUUUAAAUAUGUUAUUGAACCAUAGACAAAUAUGGCUCAUUAACCUUUACGGACCAAAUAAUGAUGAUCCACACUUCUUUGAAAAUAUAUAUAAUAACUUAUCGACCUUGUAAGCAAUUCAAGACUCUAUUAUUAUGGUGGGAGAUUAUAAUACCGUUUUAAAUAGCUCAAUGGACUGUAAAGGAAAUCACACUACAAACAAUCACCCUCAUGCUCUUAAGGAAAUCGUGAAUGUCAUGGACACAUUAGAACUAGUAGAUAUAUGGAGGCUUAAAUAUCCUGAUCUAGUGAGAUAUACAUGGCGGAGACUCAAUCAAGCUAGUCGUCUUGACUACUUUCUUAUGUCAUUCUCGUUGGCACCAAAAGUUUAAAAAGUGUUGAUAGGGGACAGAAUGCGGUCGGACCAUCAUAUAAUUGGCAUAUACAUUACUCUUACUGAAUUUCCACGUGGGUGAGGAUAUUGGACAUUUAAAUCAAAGCCUAUUGGAUGAUAACUUGUUUUUAACUAGGACAGAGGAAUUUAUAACAGAUUUUUUCCCGACAUAACAUAGGUACAGCAAAUCCCCUUAUUGUAUGGGACACAAUUGCCAUGCAAUUCAGUACUCAUCUCGAAAACAAAAGCAAUUUAGGUCAAAGGAGUCCACACUAACAAAGGAAAUAGAAGGUCUAACAGAACAGAUAGAUAGCAAUAAGAACUGUAACAUAGAGGCUCAGAAUAAAUUAGAGGAAAAACUAAAAGAAAUUGAGAAACUUAUUCAAGAAAGAUCAAGUGUAAUAUAUUAUAAAAAUAAAGCAAACUGGAUGGAAUAUCUGGAAAAAUGCACCAAAUACUUUUUUUAUCUUCAACAUAGGAAUGCUACCAAAAAUAAUUUAUUGAAACUGGUUACAAAUGACGAAGUCACCCAUGAUUCACCAAAUUAUAUUUUGAAGGAGGAAACAAAGUACUUUAAGCAUAUGUUUUCGUUUGUCGCCUCCAUCUCCUCUAACUGAAGCAAAUUGUAGAGAUUAUUUUUCUAUUGAUAAUGUAAAAUUAACAGCCAUACAGAAAGACUCAUGUGAAGGUGAAAUUACAGAGGAGGAACUUCUGGAUGCAAUUAAAUACUUUAAGUCCGGGAAAACUCCAGGGUUGGAUGGCAUACCAGUCAAGGUAUACCAAACCUUUUUUGAUAUACUCAGAGGACCGUUAUUAGCAUGUUUUAAUCACUCCUAUGUAAAUGGUAGAUUAUCAGACACUCAAGAAGAAGGCCUGAUUUCAUUAUUACUGAAACAGGAUACAAGUGGAAAAUAUAAAGAUCCAGUCCAUUUAAAAAAUUGUCGGCCCCUUACACUUCAGUGUUGUGAUGCAAAAAUUCUAGCAAAAUGUAUAGCGCAUAGAAUUAAAAAGGUAUUGUCGGAAAUUAUUCAUUCUAAAUCAGACCGUUUUUUUACAUGGGCGAUACAUUGGCGAUAAUAUAAAGGCAAGUACUGGAAACAAUAGAACACUAUGAAAAAUCUGGGAAGCCAGGCCUACUAUUCAUAGCAGACUUUGAAAAGGCAUUUGAUAAAGUACGACUGGGGUUUAUAUAUACAGUGCUAUGAAAAAGUAUUUGCCCCCUUUCUAAUUUUCUCUACUUUUGCAUAUUUGUGAUACUGAAUGUUAUCAGAUCUUCAACCAAAACCUAAUAUUAGAUAAAGGGAACAUAAGUUAACAAAUAACACAACAAUUACUGUGGAAUGCAGAGUUUGGUUUUCGCCAGGCAUUACUGGAACCAUGUCGUCCAAAAAGUUAUACUUAUGAAUCAUCUGUCCAUAGAACGUUCUUCCAAGAGUCUUGAUGAUCAUCCAGGUGCUUUUUGGCAACUUGAGUCAACUUUUUGGACGAGAUGGGUCCCAUUAUGCCUGGCGAAAACCAAACACUGCAUUCCACAGUAAGAACAUCAUACCAAAGGUCAAGCAUGGUGGUGUGAUGGUUUGGGGAUGCUUUGCUGCCUCAGGACCUGGACGACUUGCCUUAAUUACAUUUUACAUUACAUUUUAGUCAUUUAGCAGACGCUCUUAUCCAGAGUGACUUACAGGAGCAAUUAGGGCACAUCGACAGAUUUUUUCACCUAGUCGGCUCGGGGAUUAGAACCAGCAACCUUUCAUUUACUGGCACAACGCUCUUACCCACUAAGCUACCUGCCGCCCAGAAGGAACCAUGAAUUCUGCUCUGUAUCAGAGAAUUCUACAGGAGAAUGUCAGACCAUCCGUCUGUGAGCUGAAGCUGAAGCGCAGCUGGUUCAUGCAGCAAGACAAUGAUCCAAAACACACAAUCAAGUCUACAUGAAAAUUGCUAAAAAGCAACAAAUGUGAUGUUUUGGAAUGGCCUAGUCAAAGUCCAGACCUAAUCCCAAUUGAGAUGUUGUGGCAGGACUUGAAACGAGCAGUUCAUGCUUGAAAACCCACACGUCACUGAGUUAAAGCAGUUCUGCAUGGAAGAGUGGGCCAAAAUUCCUCCACAGCGACGUGAAAGACUGAUCAACAACUACAGGAAGCAUUUGGUUGGAGUCAUUGCAGCUAAAGGUGGCACAACCAGUUAUUGAGUGUAAGGGGGAAAUUACUUUUUCACACAGGGGAAUUGGGUGUUGCAUAACUUUGUUUAUGAAAUAAAUGAAAUAAAUAUGUAAUUGUGUUAUUUGUUCACUUAUGUUCCCUUUAUCUAAUAUUAGGUUUUGGUUGAAGAUCUGAUAACAUUCAGUAUCACAAAUAUGAAAAAGUAGAGAAAAUUAGAAAGGGGGCAAAUACUUUUUCAUAGCACUGUAAAUGCCUGGAGCAUUUCAAUUUUGGACAAUCUGUUAUAAAUUGGGUUAAAAUCAUGUAUAGUAACCCUAGGUGUAAAACAGUAGAUAAUGGCUAUUUCUCGGAAAGUUUUAAACUGUCAAGAGGAGUGAAACAAGGUUGUCCAAUAUCGGCAUAUCUAUUUAUUAUUGCCAUCGAGAUGUUAGCUAUUAAAAUCAGAUCCAACAAUAAUAUCAAGGGAUUAGAAAUCCAGGUCUUAAAAACAAAGGUGUCAUUGUACGCUGAUGAUUCAUGUUUUCUUUUAAAUCUACAACUUGAAUCCCUCCACAGCCUCAUAGAGGAUCUAGAUACAUUUUCUAACCUCUCUGGAUUACAAUCAAAUUAUGAUAAAUGUACUAUAUUACGUAUUGGAUCACUAAAAAAUACAAUUUUUACAUUACCAUGUAGUUUACCAAUAGAAUGGUCUGAUGGUGAUGUGGAUAUACUCAGAAUACAUAUCCCAAAUGAAAUAAAUGAUCUCACUCCCAAAAAAAUUAAUAGAAAGUUAGCAAAAAUAGAUAAGAUCUUGCUACCAUGGAAAGGUAAAUAUCUGUCAAUUUGUGGAAAAAUCACACUGAUUAACUCUUUAGUAUUAUCCCAGUUUACCUAUUUGCUUAUGGUCUUGCCUACGCCUAGCGAACAGUUUUUUAAAUUAUAUGGCAAGCCAGACAAAAUAAAAUAGGCCUAUUUAUAUAAUGAAUAUGAAUUAGGAGGACAGAAAUUAUUAAAUAUUAAAGCAUUAGACCUAUCACUAAAAGCUUCAGUCAUACAAAAAUUAUACUUAAAUCCGAACUGGUUCUCUAGCAAACUAGUAAGAUUUUUUCCUUUUAUUCAGAUUACAACCCCUCACUUUCAGGUAUUUGAAAAGGAAAUAAUCUCCCAAAUAUCACUAUUUCUAAAACAAGCCAUAGAAAGUUGGUUGCAAUUUCAAUUUAAUCCUCCAGAAAUAACAGAACAAAUAUUGCAAUAAAUAUUGUGGUUAAACUCAAAUAUACUAAUUGAUUAAAAAAACGUUAUUUUUUGAGAAAAUGUUUAAAAAAGGUAUAAUCUUCGUAAAUGAUAUUAUCGGUAGGAAUGGUGGAGUUAUGUAGCACAUGCAGCUAACAAAAAUAUAUGGAAAUGUCUGCUCAAAAUUACAACCAAAUAAUUGCAGCAUUACCGCAAAAAUGGAAGAGGAAAGUGGAAGGAGGAAAAAGGAAGGAACUUGUCUGUCGGCCUUGCAUUAAAGAACAUACAGUGGGGGGAAAAAGUAUUUAGUCAACCACCAAUUGUGCAAGUUCUCCCACUUAAAAAGAUGAGAGAGGCCUAUAAUUUUCAUCAUAGGUACACGUCAACUAUGACAGACAAAAUGAGAUAUUUUCUCUCCAGAAAAUCACAUUGUAGGAUUUUUAAUGAAUCUAUUUGCAAAUUAUGGUGGAAAAUAAGUAUUUGGUCAAUAACAAAAGUUUCUCAAUACUUUGUUAUAUACUCUUUGUUGGCAAUGACACAGGUCAAACGUUUUCUGUAAGUCUUCACAAGGUUUUCACACACUGUUGCUGGUAUUUUGGCCCAUUCCUCCAUGCAGAUCUCCUCUAGAGCAGUGAUGUUUUGGGGCUGUCGCUGGGCAACACGGACUUUCAACUCCCUCCAAAGAUUUUCUAUGGGGUUGAGAUCUGGAGACUGGCUAGGCCACUCCAGGACCUUGAAAUGCUUCUUACGAAGCCACUCCUUCGUUGCCCGGGCGGUGUGUUUGGGAUCAUUGUCAUGCUGAAAGACCCAGCCACGUUUCAUCUUCAAUGCCCUUGCUGAUGGAAGGAGGUCUUCACUCAAAAUCUCACGAUACAUGGCCCCAUUCAUUCUUUCCUUUACACGGAUCAGUCGUCCUGGUCCCUUUGCAGAAAAACAGCCCCAAAGCAUGAUGUUUCCACCCCCAUGCUUCACAGUAGGUAUGGUGUUCUUUGGAUGCAACUCAGCAUUCUUUGUCCUCCAAGCACGACGAGUUGAGUUUUUACCAAAAAGUUAUAUUUUGGUUUCAUCUGACCAUAUGACAUUCUCCCAAUCCUCUUCUGGAUCAUCAAAAUGCACUCUAGCAAACUUCAGACGGGCCUGGAUAUGUACUGGCUUGAGCAGGGGGACACGUCCGGCACUGCAGGAUUUGAGUCCCUUGUGGCGUAGUGUGUUACUGAUGGUAGGCUUUGUUUCUUUUGAUCCCAGCUCUCUGCAGGUCAUUCACUAGGUCCCCCCGUGUGGUUCUGGGAUUUUUGCUCACCGUUCUUGUGAUCAUUUUGACCCCACGGGGUGAGAUCUUGCGUGGAGCCCCAGAUCGAGGGAGAUUAUCAGUGGUCUUGUAUGUCUUCCAUUUCCUAAUAAUUGCUCCCACAGUUGAUUUCUUCAAACCAAGCUGCUUACCUAUUGCAGAUUCAGUCUUCCCAGCCUGGUGCAGGUCUACAAUUUUGUUUCUGGUGUCCUUUGACAGCUCUUUGGUCUUGGCCAUAGUGGAGUUUGGAGUGUGACUGUUUGAGGUUGUGGACAGGUGUCUUUUAUACUGAUAACAAGUUCAAACAGGUGCCAUUAAUACAGGUAACGAGUGGAGGACAGAGGAGCCUCUUAAAGAAGAAGUUACAGGUCUGUGAGAGCCAGAAAUCUUGCUUGUUUGUAGGUGACCAAAUACUUAUUUUCCACCAUAAUUUGCAAAUAAAUUCAUUAAAAAUCCUACAAUGUGAUUUUCUGGAAAAAUAUUUCUCAAUUUGUCUGUCAUAGUUGACGUGUACCUAUGAUGAAAAUUACAGGCCUCUCUCAUCUUUUUAAGUGGGAGAAUUUGCACAAUUGGUGGCUGACUUUUGCUAGCACAGACUGGAACAUGUUCCGGGAUUCUUCAGACAGCAUUGAGGAGUACACCACAUCAGUCACUGGCUUCAUCAAUAAGUGCAUUGAUGAUGUCGUCCCCACAGUGACCGUACGUACAUACCCCAACCAGAAGCCAUGGAUUACAGGAAACAUCCGCACUGAGCUAAAGGGUAGAGCUGCCGCUUUCAAGGAACGGGACGCUGACCCGGACGCUUAUAAGAAAUCCCGCUAUGACCUCCGACGAACCAUCAAACAGGCAAAGAGUCAAUACAGGACUAAGAUUGAAUCGUACUACACUGGCUCUGACGCUUGUCGGAUGUGGCAGGGCUUGAAAACUAUUACAGACUACAAAGGGAAGCACAGCCGCGAGCUGCCCAGUGACAAAAGCCUACCUGACGAGCUAAACCACUUCUAUGCUCGCUUCGAGGCAAGCAACACUGAAGCAUGCAUGAGAGCACCAGCUGUUCCGGAUGACAAUGUGAUCACGCUCUCCGUAGCCGAUGUGAGUAAGACUUUUAAGCAGGUCAACAUUCACAAGGCCGCAAGGCCAGACGGAUUACCAGGACGUGUACUCCGAGCAUGUGCUGACCAACUGGCAAGUGUCUUCACUGACAUUUUCAACAUGUCCCUGACUGAGUCUGUAAUACCAACAUGUUUCAAGCAGACCACCAUAGUCCCCGUGCCCAAGGACUCUAAGAUAACCUGCCUAAAUGACUACCAACCCGUAGCACUGACGUCUGUAGCCAUGAAGUGCUUUGAAAGGCUGGUCAUGGCUCACAUCAACAGCAUUAUCCCAGAAACCCUAGACCCACUCCAAUUUGCAUACCGCCCCAACAGAUCCACAGAUGAUGCAAUCUCUAUUGCACUCCACACUGCCCUUUCCCACCUGGACAAGAGGAACACCUACGUGAGAAUGCUAUUCAUUGACUACAGCUCAGCAUUCAACACCAUAGUGCCCUCUAAGCUCAUCACUAAGCUAAGGAUCCUGGGACUACACACCUCCCUCUGCAACUGGAUCCUGGACUUCCUGACGGGCCGCCCCCAGGUGGUAAGGGUAGGUAACAACACAUCUGCCACACUGAUCCUCAACACGGGGGCCCCUCAGGGGUGCGUGCUCAGUCCCCUCCUGUACUCUCUGUUCACCCAUGACUGCAUGGCCAGGCACGACUCCAACACCAUCAUUAAGUUUGCCGACGACACAACAGUGGUAGGCCUGAUCACCGACAACGAUGAGACAGCCUAUAGGGAGGAGGUCAGAGACCUGGCCGUGUGGUGCCAGGACAACAACCUCUCCCUCAACGUGACCAAGACAAAGGAGAUGAUUGUGGACUACAGGAAAAAAAAGAGGACUGAGCACGCCCCCAUUCUCAUCGACGGGGCUGUAGUGGAACAGGUUGAGAGCUUCAAGUUCCUUGGUGUCCACAUCACCAACGAACUAUCAUGGUCCAAACACACCAAGACAGUCGUGAAGAGGGCACGACAAAGCCUAUUCCCCUUCAGGAGACUGAAAAGAUUUGGCAUGGGUCCUCAGAUCCUCAAAAAAUUCUACAGCUGCACCAUCGAGAGCAUCCUGACUGGUUGCAUCACCGCCUGGUAUGGCAACUGCUUGGCCUCCGACCGCAAGGCACUACAGAGGGUAGUGCGUACGGCCCAGUACAUCACUGGGGCCAAGCUUCCUGCCAUCCAGGACCUCUAUACCAGGCGGUGUCAGAGGAAGGCCCUCAAAAUUGUCAAAGACUCCAGCCACCCUAGUCAUAGACUGUUCUCUCUGCUACCGCACGGCAAGCGGUACCGGAGUGCCAAGUCUAGGUCCAAAAGACUUCUCAACAGCUUCUACCCCUAAGCCAUAAGACUCCUGAACAGCUAAUCAUGGCUACCCGGACUAUUUGCACUGCCCCCCCACCCCAUCCUUUUUACGCUGCUGCUACUCUGUUAAUUAUUUAUGCAUAGUCACUUUAACUCUACCCACAUGUACAUAUUACCUCAACUACCUCAACUAGCCGGUGCCCCCGCACAUUGACUCUGCAACGGUACCCCCCUGUAUAUAUAGCCUCCCUACUGUCACUUUAUUUUACUUCUGCUCUUUUAUUUUUACUUUUUUUGUUAAAAAUAAAUGCACUGUUGGUUAAGGGCUGUAAGUAAGCAUUUCACUGUAAUGUCUGCACCUGUUGUAUUCGGCGCAUGUGACCAAUAAAAUUUGAUUUGAUUUGACUAAAUACUUUUUUUCCCCACUGUAUGUUUGUAAAUUUACCAAUAGAAAAUACCAUAGUGAUUGAGUGUCCAUAUAGCUAUACCAUGAUAUUUGCAAUGUUACUAAAUAACCCUCCAAUUGUUCUCCACUAAUUCCCCCGCUAAAACCCCUCCCCAUCCCAAGUUGGGCCGUCAUCCCAGUGAUCAGCAUACCACCCCUGUCCCCCCGGAUCCCUAUGCCGCCUAGGGGCCAGGACCCAUCCAUCGAAAACAUCACAUAGUUCCACCCACAAAACAGAAGCAGGUCAACCGCCAAAAGCAUUUCCAAUGCUCUCACCUCAAUAUAUUUAUAUAGCUAUUUAAAAAAUAUCUAUUGAAAUAUCUUGCAUGUCUUAUUUUCCAUCAUUAUCAAUUAAUGUGCGAAAUAAUGUCGGCAUUCAUGUGUAGGAUUUUAACCUAUAACCCGAAUUGCCAUUGUAUUACAUUACAUUUUUAACAUACAACUACCACUUCAGCAAACAACCACUGUGAUCAACCCCCCCCCCCCCCCCCCCCCCCCCACACACACACUCACACACUCAACCCUCCCCCCCCACAACCAGCCACCAAGAUCAGAUGCUCAAUGGUUGAUCCAUCCCAGAGCCCAACUCAAGCUUUUAACCAUUGCUUUAUCCUUAAAAAAAAGCACAUUUGGCAACGAUUGGAUGCUCGUAUUUCUGUCCUCUUUGUCCGAAAUGGUGUACACGUUCGAGUUGGAUUUUAUCGACAGCCUCAAGUGGAAUCUGCAGCGCUGUAAGAAGGAAGUCCUUCACAAUAUUCUCAGUUACUUCUCCCUCUUUUUCCUGAAUACCCGUAAGUACUAGAUUUUCUCUCAUUGAUCUAGUUUGGAUGUCUAGUAAGGCUUCUUUCAGAAGGUUGUUCUCCUUUUUAAGUUCCCUAACGUCCGUUUCCAUCUUAGUGACUGUCACUAUUAAUUUUUUGGUUUCUUUCUCCAUUAUCGCUGCUUUUUCGUCACUCAUUUCAAGACUAGCUUUCAACUCCUUUACAUCCUUACUGACCAGCUCUAGUAUGCCCAGUUUGUCAUUUAUCGACUUCAACAGGUUGCUUUCCACACUUACCAGACCCAGUGGUGAAAAGCAUAAAUCAUCUGUAUCAGUCGACGAGUCGCGUUUUCUCUUGGGGAUUGGUUCUCCUCGUUUAUCUUCCAACAUGUUUGGGUGUUGCGUGUUGUUGUACUAUUUGUCGAUAUAUUUCUCUAGCAUUAUGAUUUGUGUUAUUAUCCAGAUUGAAUUUUAUUAACUGCGAAUAUAUGAAAUGCUAAUAUUUAGUCUAACUUACUGAUUUUUUAUAUUAUGUUUUUAUCUUACAUUUUAGUCAUUUAGCAGACGCUCUUAUCCAGAGCGACUUACAGUUAGUGAAUACAUAUUUUUUUAUACUGGACCCCAUGGGAAUUGAACCCACAACCCUGGUGUUGCAAACGCCAUGCUCUAUCAACUGAGCUACAUCCCUGCCGGCCAUUCCCUCCCCUACCCUGGACGAUGCUGGGCCAAUUGUGCGCCGCCCAUGAGUCUCCCGGUCGCGGCCGGCUGCGACAGAGCCUGGAUCUCUAGUGGCACAGUUAGCACUGCGAUGCACUGCCUUAGACCACUGCGCCACUCAGCGGUACAAAUCUUGAGGUGAUUUGUACCGCUGUCUAUUCAAUACGCCAUCUUGUCUACGCGCGCGCGCCUAUCGGUCCUACAUCCAUGUUUGUCCCCCAAAACGUAUUUGUUUGGUUUUGCACCUCAUAGUCCACAAGCAGCACAACCCCCAGAUAUGACACACAGUGAUUUAUUGACUCACAACGGCCCUUUGCAUCCAACCGUCCAACCACCAACCACCGUUCUAGAGUGAUUCAUGCACUGCAUGUGUGUGUGUCAGUGGAGGCUCCUUGGAGGAGGAAGGGGAGGAUCAUCCUCCUCAGUGAAUUUCAUAAAAAUAAAAAUAGUGAAACAUAAUUUUUUUAAUCCUUUUUAGAUAAAACUACACUAAAUAUAUUCACGUCACCAAAUAAUUGAUUAAAACACACUGUUUUGCAAUGAAGGUCUACAGUAGCCUCAACAGCACUCUGUAGGGUAGCACCAUGAUGUAGCCGGAGGACAGCUAGUUUCCGUCCUCCUCGGGGUACAUUGACUUCAAUACAAAACCUAGGAGGUUCAUGGUUCUCACUCCCUUCCAUAGAGUUACACAGUAAUUAUGACAACUUCCGGAGGACGUGCAGCAUGAAAUGACAUGUUGUCCACCUAAUCAAAGGCUCAGAGAAUGAAUCUAGUACUGAAAGCAUAAGCUACAGCUAGCUAGCACAGCAGUGCAUAAAAUGUGGUGAAUAAUUGACUCAAAGAGAGAGAAAGACAAUAGUGGAGCAGUUUUGAACAAAUUAAUUUCUUCAAAAAUGAAGGAGAAGCAAGAAAGCGAGAGAGAGAGAGCUAUAUUUCCUUCCAUUUUUUCUUCGCUUUGACUUACUUAGCCAGUAAAUGCAGCUAGCUAGAUUAGCCUACUCAAACACCCGGCUCAAACAGAGAGGGAUGCUAUGUUAGCUAGCUGGCUAUGGCUAUCCAACACUGGAACUCUUCCAAAUCAAGGUAAACUUUUGGUUUUAUUAGUUUAUUGCCACAGGGGCUCACCGGUGUAACUGCUAAACUGCUUGCUGACUGUACACUGUACUGCAUGAUUGUAGCGGGUUUACUAACGCGUUAGUUCUAUUAGCUAUGUUGACUAUGACGUUAGCUAAUAUGGUGACAACGAUGUAGGCUGUGUGUACAGAGAGGUUAACGGUUAUGAUAUGAAGGUUUGGCUUGGAAAGGUUUUUUCACCUGGUCACAGACAUCUGAUGUGUUGUGCACUGAAUUCCUCAAGCGAAGUUAAAAGGUGAGAGGAGGCAAGCGAGUAGAUGCGAGAAGGAAUUACUACCAAUGUUCACUCACAUUUUUUUGCCACUGAGAAAAUGUUAGGUCUGCUGAGCGCAAACUUGAACGUUGUGAAAAUUCUGUGCAACUUCCAGUGCACGUUUACUGUGAACACUGCUUUAAGUUACAGUUUUAACAGUGGCCAAGUAGGCUACUGUGGCUAUUUGACCAUACAUAAUGUAGGCCUACCAGGGUGGUCUACCAUCAAAAACAAUGGCGAAAAUGCAUUCCAUAACAUUUGAACAUGGAGAUAGCUGUUCUAUCAUUCAGCCUACAGUAGCAGCCAAUGUGUUGUGUUCAAUGUAGGCCUACAUUCCAUGAGACUUUUGAAAAAAACAUACAGGGCUUGACAUUAACCUGUUUAUCCACUUGUCCUUCAGACAAGGAGGUGACUGAAAAUGUUGUUGUGUUGUUUGAUUUAAGAAACCACUUUACAAAAUAAAAUGCAUUAUUAUUCCCAUACCAUUAUUAUAGAGAAUCAGACAAAUUAUGCUACCCUCUGCCUAUUGGCUACUUAGCUUAUUCAAGCCUGUCUCAAAAUACAACACUGCCCCUUUAAGACAAAAAAAAGCUAUUUUGACUUGCUUUUCAAAGAUUUGUGCUCUUGUAGGAAGCAAUCGCUCCCCUAUUUCUGAUUACAAAUGAUCUAUAACUGGGCUAAUAACUCACUAACUUUAGGAUAUUAACAAAAUGUGCACACGUGGUUACAUGCAGCUUUGAUAUCAAAACAAGCGCAUCUACUCACGACCACAGCUGGAAACACAGUCCAGUUCAAAGUAAAUGGCACAGAUCCAUAUGUGGCAGUGGUCUAUUUGCAUACAGUGGCUUGCGAAAGUAUUCACCCCCCUUGGCAUUUUUCCUAUUUUGUUGCCUUACAACCUGGAAUUAACAUGGAUUUUUUGGGGGUUUGUAUCAUUUGAUUUACACAACAUGCCUACCACUUUGAAGAUGCAAAAUAUUUUUUAUUGUGAAACACAAGAAAUAAGACAAAAAAACAGAAACCUUGAGCGUGCAUAACUAUUCACCCACCCAAAGUCAAUACUUUGUAGAGCCACAUUUUGCAGCAAUUACAGCUGCAAGUCUCUUGGGGUAUGUCUCUAUAAACCUGGCACAUCUAGCCACUGGGAUUUUUGUCCAUUCUUCAAGGCAAAACUGCUCCAGCUCCUUCAAGUUGGAUGGGUUUCGCUGGUGUACAGCAAUCUUUAAGUCAUACCACAGAUUCUCAAUUGUAUUGAGGUCUGGGCUUUGACUACGCCAUUCCAAGACAUUUAAAUGUUUCCCCUUAAACCACUCGAGUGUUGCUUUAGCAGUAUGCUUAGGGUCAUUGUCCUGCUGGAAGGUGAACCUCCGUCCCAGUCUCAAAUCUCUGGAAGACUGAAACAGGUUUUCCCUCAAGAAUUUCCCUGUAUUUAGCGCCAUCCAUCAUUCCUUCAAUUCUGACCAGUUUCCCAGUCCCUGCCGAUGAAAAACAUCCCCACAGCAUGAUGCUGCCACCACCAUGCAUCACUGUGGGGAUGGUGUUCUCGGGGUGAUGAGAGGUGUUGGGUUUGCGCCAGACCUAGCGUUUUCCUUGAUGGCCAGAAAGCUCCGUUUUAGUCUCAUCUGACCAGAGUACCUUCUUCCAUAUGUUUGGGGAGUCUCCCACAUGCCUUUUGGCGAACACCAAACGUGUUUGCUUAUUUUUUUCUUUAAGCAAUGGCUUUUUUUCUGCCCACUCUUCCAUAAAGCCCAGCUCUGUGGAGUGUACGGCUUAAAAAGGGGUCCUAUGGACAGAUACUCCAAUCUCCGCUGUGGAGCUUUGCAGCUCCUUCAGGGUUAUCUUUGGUCUCUUUGUUGCCUCUCUGAUUAAUGCCCUCGCCUGGUCCGUGAGUUUUGGUGGACGGCCCUCUCUUGGCAGGUUUGUUGUGGUGCCAUAUUCGUAAAAAAAAAUUAUAAUGGAUUUAAUGGUGCUCCGUGGGAUGUUCAAAGUUUCAGAUAUUUUUUUAGAACCCAACCCUGAUCUGUACUUCUCCACAACUUUGUCCCUGACCUGUUUGGAGAGCUCCUUGGUCUUCAUGGUGCCGCUUGCUUGGUGGUGUCCCUUGCUUAGUGGUCUUGCAGAUUCUGGGGCCUUUCAGAACAGGUGUGACAGAUCAUGUGACACUUAGAUUGCACAUAGGUGGACUUUAUUUAACUAAUUAGAUGACUUCUGAAGGUAAUUGGUUGCACCAGAUCUUAUUUAGGGGCUUCAUAAGAAAGGGGGUGAAUACAUAUGCACGCACCACUUUUCCGUUGUUUAUUUUUUUGAAUUUCUUGAAACAAGUUAUUUUUUUCAUUUCACUUCACCAAUUUGGACUAUUUUGUGUAUGUGCAUUACAUGAAAUCCAAAUAAAAAUCAAUUUAAAUUACAGGUUGUAAUGCAACAAAAUAGGAAAAACGCCAAGGGGGAUGAAUAAUUUUGCAAGGCACUGUAUAGGCCUACUGCAGCUCUGAUUGGUGGUUAUUCUGCACCGGUCUGUGUAGAGUACGGGCUGAGUUAUGUGCAAUAGAAUCCUACUCUGAAGCGUUCUGCUUAUAGCAAAACCUCUUGCAUAUUUAGUUUUGUUUCUUUAUGUUGCAUUGAAAGUGGCUAAUAUUGCUUUGAUUCGAUCACAAUUGCCACAGUAAAGGGAAACGUUUAUAGUGUUAACUAACAGGGAAAACUCUAAAAAGUUGAGUGAAAUUCAAUCUCGUGCUUCUCUCAGUGGGCUGAUAUUUCUUCUGCGCGGCAGUCCCGGGGAGCUGCGCGGAAGUCUCGGGCUACUGCACGCCCGCGAGCAGCUUAGAGGAAACAUUGAUUACAACGAGCAAAGUGAUCAUGCUGUUUGUAUGUGGCUGCUAUGAAAGAGAAUUGUGUUUGCGUGUGAUCAGGAGUGUAUUCAUUCCACCGAUUCUGUUGAAAAACUUUUCUUAAAUGGAAGCAAAUGGAUUCAAUAGAUACUCUUGUUUGGAACUGUUUGACUAAUGAUUACACCCUAGAUCAGCUAGAUGCAGGCAAGAGUGUGCAAGGUGGUAUUGAAUGUGUCACUGUCUGUCACCUUGAUUACUCAAUUAUUUAUCUCAACCUGUGCACCUACGUUGUAAACUUUCAUUCAUAGGCUAGGUUGUAGCAACCUCAUGAUGGAUAUAGGGAAAAUUACAGUAUCAUGUAGUAGCCUAAACCUAACGAUCUUACAUUGAGCUGGGUGAAUGGAAAAUGAAUGACAGUCAAUCAAUAUGCUGUAAUAGAAAUAAGGUCAUGCUCAUGAAUUUUUUUUUUUUCCAUUAUCUAUUGCAUUCAAUUGAUGUAGAUAUACUACAAGAGGAUUCAGUUUACCUCUAUGGCCCUGUAAUAUCCUCAAUCAAAGUGCGCCAUAGCUUUUAGAGAACAUUCUAUUUUGAGAGGCAUUGAAAAUAUGGCAAAUUAGUAUUGCUCUAAUGUGAUGUAGUAUUGUAUUUUUGGUUACAUUCUUCUAAUUUUUUUCCCAUUUAUCCCAUGCACAGUAAUAUCUGUUGACCCCAUGUAAUAGUAUGUAGCAAGAGAAUAAGUGAGAUGGAGAGAAGGAGAAGACCGGGAUCAGCCAAAACGGAGACAUGUAAUGAGGUUUCCCUGACAACCAGCCUUGCCUCUGUAAUUAUGGGUGGAUUAAUACUCUGAGCACAGAGCUCCUGAGCCAAGCAAGGAUCCAGCCAAGAGAACAGUACAUUAUCAUAACACCCAGAAUCAUCUUAAAACCCUUAAAACCCAUACAUGCUAAUAAUGUAAUGUAAUUUAUUUCAGUGCAUUUUUCUUGUUAUUUCCUUUACUACCUUUGUUUCUAUUUGUCUUGUCUGUGGGUCUGUAUGUCUGUGUGUGUCUGUCUGUCUGUCUCUCCCUCCCUCUCUCCCUCUCUCUGUCUCUGUCUCUGUCUCUCUCUCUCUGUUGGAAGGUCAAUGUUAGUCACACUCAUUUUUUGUUAGGAUUUGGCAUGGCUUUCCCUCUCUCACUCGUUCAACUCAACUGUCCAAGGGAAAGGUCAUGCAAAAAUAACCCUGAUUACGCAAUCAAAACAAAGACUUCCAUUUUUAUUUGCACUAUAAUGCUCGACUACUGCUGGGGUGUGGAGAUGGAGCACAUAGAUGAAGCAUCUACCUGUUUAAUUGGAAACAGUGUAUAUACAUUAUAUAUACAAAAGUAUGUGGACACCCCUUCAAAUUAGUAGAUUCGGCUAUUUCAGCCACACCCGUUGCUGACAGGUGUAUAAAAUCGAGAACACAGCCAUGCAAUCUUCAUAGACAAACAUUGGCAGUAGAAUGACCUUACUGAAGAGCUCAGUGACGCACCUUUCCAACAAGUCAGUCAGUUUGUCAAAUUUCUGCCUUGCUAGAGCUGCCCCGGUCAAUUGUAAUUUCUAUUAUUGUGACGUGGAAAUGUCUAGGAGCUUGGUUGCAACACUCACUACCGAGUCACAAACUGCCUCUGGAAGCAAUGUCAUCACAAGAACUGUUCGUCGGGAGCUUCAUGAAAUGGGUUUCCAUGGCCGUGCAGCUGCACACAAGCAAUGACAAGCGUCAGCUGGAGUGGUGUAAAGCUCGCCUCCAUUGGACUCUGGAGCAGUGGAAACGCAUUCUUUGGAGUGAUGAAUCACGCUUCACCAUCUGGCAGUCCGACGGACGAAUUUGGGUUUGGCGGAUGCCAGGAGAACACUACCUUCCCCAAUGCAUAGUGCCAUCUGUAAGGUUUGGUGGAGGAGGAAUAAUGGUCUGGGGCUGUUUGGGGAAGGCCCUUUCCUGUUUCAGCAUGACAAUGCCCCCGUGCACAAAGAGAGGUCCAUACAGAAAUGGUUUGUCGAGAUCGGUGUGGAAGAACUUGACUGGCCUGCAAAAAACCCUGAACUCAACCCCAUCAAACACCUUUUAGAUGAAUUGGAACGCCGACUGCGAGCCAGGCCUAAUCGCCCAACAUCAGUGCCCAACCUCACUAAUGCUGUUGUGGCUGAAUGGAAGCAAGUCGCCACAGCAAUGUUCCAACAUCUAGUGGAAAGGAGUGGAGGCUGUUAUAGCAGCAAAGGGGGGACCAACUCCAUAUUAAGGCGCAUGAUUUUGGAAUGAGAUGUUCGACGAGCAGUUAUCCACAUACUUUUGGUCAUGUAGUGUACUUUCCCCAUAUAACUUGUCUUCAGGGAAGAGCAAGCAUACUCUACAUAGGACUUGUAAAAUUCACAGCCAACAUCUGUGAACUUUAUGCAAGGCAAGAGACAUCCAAGUAUCCAUAUAUGUUCACACUACUGGGUCGUUCCACGAAAAGAGUGCCUUUUGCACCCCUUUGAUAUUUUACGUAGAAAUUGUGCACCAAUAUUAAAAGCCUUUAAUAUAGACCACAUGGAGAAUUCCAUAAAUCUGAUUUUCUAUAUGAAUAAAGACUUGCAUUAAGUUUUCACCAUAAUUGUAAAGCCCUAGUUAUUGUAUUGCUUUGACAAAGUCACUUCUGAAGAUUAUUAUUUAUUUAAUCUGAUUAGGGAUUCAUUUACAUCUGUGUGUCAUUUUAAGGUCAACCUUGUUACGUGAACUGAAGUCUCGUUUUAAUAUAGGGAAAGUAUUCCUUUUUAAAAUGUAUUUCAAAAGAAACAUUGAACUUCUAAUAGUCAAAUAAUAGUGUGAAAGCAGGUGAGCUGGUUCUACUCUUUUUGGCCAUUUUGUGGUGUUUUGUGGUGGGAAACUGAGCGGGUCGAGCAUAACACGUCAACCCUGUUACCCAUAAAUAGACAGGCUAGAAAUGUUUUAACAAUUGCAUUUUUCUGUGAAGCUUACAGUGCCUUGCAAAAAUAUUCAUCCCCCUUGGCGUUUUUUCUAUUUUGUUGCAUUACAACCUGUAAUUUAAAUGGAUUUUUAUUUGGAUUUCAUGUAAUGCACAUACACAAAAUAGUCCAAAUUGGUGAAGUGAAAUGAAAAAAAUAACUUGUAUCAAAAAAUUCUAAAAAAUAAAUAACGGAAAAGUGGUGCGUGCAUAUGUAUUCACCCCCUUUGCUAUGAAGCCCCUAAAUAAGAUCUGGUAAAACCAAUUACCUUCAGAAGUCACACAAUUAGUUAAAUAAAGUCCACCUGUGUGCAGUCUAAGUGUCACAUGAUCUGUCACAUGAUCUCAGUAUAUAUACAGUGGGGAGAACAAGUAUUUGAUACACUGCCGAUUUUGCAGAUUUUCCUACUUACAAAGCAUGUAGAGGUCUGUAAUUUUGAUCAUAGGUACACUUCAACUGUGAGAGACGGAAUCCAGAAAAUCACAUUGUAUGAUUUUUAAGUAAUUAAUUUGCAUUUUAUUGCAUGACAUAAGUAUUUGAUCACCUACCAACCAGUAAGAAUUCCAGCUCUCACAGGCCUGUUAGUUUUUCUUUAAGAAGCCCUCCUGUUCUCCAUUCAUUACCUGUAUUAACUGCACCUGUUUGAACUCGUUACCUGUAUAAAAGACACCUGUCCACACACUCAAUCAAACAGACUCCAACCUCUCCACAAUGGCCAAGACCAGAGAGCUGUGUAAGGACAUCAGGGAUAAAAUUGUAGACCUGCUGGGAUGGGCUACAGGACAAUAGGCAAGCAGCUUGGUGAGAAGGCAACAACUGUUGGCGCAAUUAUUAGAAAAUGGAAGAAGUUCAAGAUGACGGUCAAUCACCCUCAGUCUGGGGCUCCAUGCAAGAUCUCACCUCGUGGGGCAUCAAUGAUCAUGAGGAAGGUGAGGGAUCAGCCCAGAACUACACGGCAGGACCUGGUCAAUGACCUGAGGAGAGCUGGGACCACAGUCUCAAAGAAAACCAUUAGUAACACACUACGCCGUCAAGGAUUAAAAUCCUGCAGCGCACGCAAGGUCCCCCUGCUCAAGCCAGCGCAUGUCCAGGCCCCUCUGAAGUUUGCCAAUGACCAUCUGGAUGAUCCAGAGGAGGAAUGGGAGAAGGUCAUGUGGUCUGAUGAGACAAAAAUAGAGCUUUUUGGUCUAAACUCCACUCGCCGUGUUUGGAGGAAGAAGAAGGAUGAAUACAACCCCAAGAACACCAUCCCAACCGUGAAGCAUGGAGGUGGAAACAUAAUUAUUUGGGGAUGCUUUUCUGCAAAGGGGACAGGACGACUGCACCGUAUUGAGGGGAGGAUGGAUGGGGCCAUGUAUCACGAGAUCUUGGCCAACAACCUCCUUCCCUCAGUAAGAGCAUUGAAGAUGGGUCGUGGCUGGGUCUUCCAGCAUGACAACGACCCAAAACACACAGCCAGGGCAACUAAGGAGUGGCUCCAUAAGAAGCAUCUCAAGGUCAUGGAGUGGCCUAGCCAGUCUCCAGACCUGAACCCAAUAGAAAAUCUUUGGAGGUAGCUGAAAGUUCGUAUUGCCCAGCGACAGCCCCGAAACCUGAAGGAUCUGGAGAAGGUCUGUUUGGAGGAUUGGGCCAAAAUCCCUGCUGCAGUGUGUGCAAACCUGGUCAAGACCUACAGGAAACGUAUGAUCUCUGUAAUUGCAAACAAAGGUUUCUGUACCAAAUAUUAAGUUCUGCUUUUCUGAUGUAUCAAAUACUUAUGUCAUGCAAAUGAAUUACUUAAAAAUCAUACAAUGUGAUUUUCUGGAUUUUUGUUUUAGAUUCCGUCUCUCACAGUUGAAGUGUACCUAUGAUAAAAAAAUUACAGACCUCUACAUGCUUUGUAAGUAGGAAAACCUGCAAAAUCGGCAGUGUAUCAAAUACUUGUUCUCCCCACUGUUCACCUGUUCUGAAAGGCACCAGAGUCUGCAACACCACUAAGCAAGAGGCACCACCAAGCUUAGAUUCUAAGUUAGAUUUUUUUUUAAUAUUUAGAAACAUUGAACAUCCCACGGAGCACCAUUAAAUCCAUUAUUAAAAAAUUGAAAGAAUAUGGCACCACAACAAACCUGCCAAGAGAGGGCCGCCCAAUCAGAGAGGCAACAGAGACCAAAGAUAACCCUGAAGGAGCUGCAAAGCUCCACAGCGGAGAUUGGAGUAUCUGUCCAUAGGACCACUUUUUAAGCUGUACAUUCCACAGAGCUGGGCUUUACGGAAGAGUGGGCAGAAAAAAAGCCAUUGCUUAAAGAAAAAAAUAAGCAAACACGUUUGGUGUUCGCCAAAAGGCAUGUGGGAGACUCCCCAAACAUGUGGAAGAAGGUACUCUGGUCAGAUGAGACUAAAAUUGAGCUUUUUGGCCAUCAAGGAAAACGCUAGGUCUGGCGCAAACCCAACACCUCUCAUCACCCCGAAACACCAUCCCCACAGUGAAGCAUGGUGGUGGCAGCAUCAUGCUGUGGGGAUGUUUUUCAUCGGCAGGGACUGGGAAACUGGUCAGAAUUUGAAGGAAUGAUGGAUGGCGCUAAAUACAGGGAAAUUCUUGAGGGAAAACCUGUUUCAGUCUUCCAGAGAUUUGAGACUGGGACAGAGGUUCACCUUCCAGCAGGACAAUGACCCUAAGCAUACUGCUAAAGCAACACUCGAGUGGUUUAAGGGGAAACAUUUAAAUGUCUUGGAAUGGCCUAGUCAAAGCCCAGACCUCAAUACAAUUGAGAAUCUGUGGUAUGACUUAAAGAUUGCUGUACACCAGCGGAACCCAUCCAACUUGAAGGAGCUGGAGCAGUUUUGCCUCGAAGAAUGGGCAAAAAUCCCAGUGGCUAGAUGUGCCAAGCUUAUAGAUACAUACCCCAAGAGACUUGCAGCUGUAGUUGCUGCAAAAGGUGGCUCUACCAAGUAUUGACUUUGGGGGGGGGUGAAUAGUUAUUUAUGCUCAAGUUUUCAGUUUUAUUGUGUUAUUUCUUCUUUGUUUCACCCCAAAAAAAUAUGUUGCAUCUUCUGUAGCUCAGCUGGUAGAGCACGGCGCUUGUAACGCCAAGGUAGUGGGUUCGAUCCCCGGGACCACCCAUACACAAAAAAAUGUAUGCACGCAUGACUGUAAGUCGCUUUGGAUAAAAGCGUCUGCUAAAUGGCAUAUUAUUAUUAUUAUUAUUAUUAUAAGGAGCUGGAGCAGGAGCAGUUUUGACUUGAAGAAUGGGCAAAAAUCCCAGUGGCUAGAUGUGCCAAGCUUAUAGAGACAUACCCCAAGAGACUUGCAGCUGUAAUUGCUGCAAAAGGUGGCUCUACAAAGUAUUGACUUUUAGGGGGGUGAAUAGUUAUGCACGCUCAAGGUUUCUUAUUUUUUUUCUUGUUUGUUUCACAAAAAUCUUCAAAGUGGUAGGCAUGUUGUUUAAAUCAAAUGAUACAAACUCGCAAAAAAUCAAUUUUAAUUCCAGUUUGUAAGGCAACAGAAUAGGAAAAAUGCCUAGGGGGGUGAAUACUUUCGCAAGCCACUGUAUGUUCAAUUUCCACUCCCUGUUGCACAAAACCAGCUUCCAUUCCCCCUGUCACAAGUGGAUUCACGGCUGAUUCAAGAUGAAAUCGUCAAACCUGUUACGGUCAACCCUGUUACGGUCAACCCUGUUACUUUAUUUGGCACUUAAUAGGCCCUCGCUAUACUUUUUUCAAUAAAAUGUUAGCUCUUGAAAUGGGAAAACGUGUUUUUUAUUAAGUUGAAUUUGUGCUCUUAAUGACAAUGUAAAGAUGUUUUUACACCGACUUCUCAAAAGGCACUGAAUUGAUGGAACAACCCUACUGCUUUGUGGCUCAGAGGCAUGAUGGUGUUUUAUGACACAUGCUGUGUGAUUAUUGUUUGUCUGGAAGGCUUCUAAAUUCAGUGGUUUAAGCUAAACAGCUCUCCCCUUGCUUGUUUUUUUUCUCUCUCUCUCUCUGUGUGUGUGUUGUAAUUUCCUUAUCCUUAACUAUAAUAUAAAGUAAUUCAUGAAGACAGCCAAGGUAAAAAAAUAAAAUGCUACAAUAAUAAAAACCCUCCCUUUCCAGACUAAACCAUAAUUCCACUACCCAUUUUAGAACACCAAAUCACGAUAUCUACAAUAAGACCACAUUACAGAUUUUUCUACUGGGAUAUUAUGGGGACUCAGCGUUGACUUAGUGUUACUAUGCAGAGACCAACCGUCACUGAGGGAAAAUAUUAUUAUUCCUUUUAAAAUACUAUUUUUGGCCCUGAGUAACCAUGGCUCCCCUUUUGAUCCCACCAGAAACUAAAUGUCCUUCUCUCUCUGGUGUACGUCUGGCAUUUCUUUGGACCUCACUCCUGGAGAGGACUUUAUAUUAUUGGACAGUUUCAGAGUUAAUCUUUGGAGGUUUUUCCUGGCUCAGAUUGGGUCUGCGUUCAGUAGCCAAACUGCGUGGAACGUUGCAGAUAGAAAUCCCAUGAAUAGAUCUGAUGUGAUUCCUUGUUCUAACAGAGAGGUGUGUUUAUUCUACAUACCAUGCUGUAUCUAUAUCUGAACGUAACAAAAUGUUGCGUCCUGCUGAAUACACCCCUGGCUCCUUCAGUAACCUUACAGUGCAAAUGACAAUUCGGAUAUCAAAUGCCUGGGUAAAUAUUAAACUAAACCUUGCCUGUGUUAUAAUAUUUUUGUUUUCUCCCUCGGAAUCCUCCUAGUCCUAACUCAUUUUAUGAUCUGUUCUUCUCUGGAAAACAUAAUUUAUGUUUUUCCCCUGCACUGAAUAAAUGUUCAGGCCACACAGCAAAGCGCAAACACCGAUAUACAGUAACUACUGAUAUAGGGUUUAAUGAGUGUCCUCCGUAGGUUUGUUUAUAAUGCCAUUUGGCCGGGUAUGAGAGCAUCACAUUUGUGAUGCAUUGUGGGUGAAUGGUGACAGUCUGACUGAUCUACAAAUAAUAAUAAGUAGGUAUUUUAGGAUGCGAGGUGAUUUGUAGAUCAGUCAGUCUGAUACAUACCAUGUCACUACCUGGUAAGACUACUCCCUGGUUGGCCUACUUGUUCGUAAGUCUCCAGGUUGUGUUUUCAGGGCUCUGACCUGUCUCUGACUCUGACUAUACGGUUGGUCAGUAGCACAAUCGUCUUAGCACUCUCAGCUAAUUGCCCUUCUCUCUUUAAUCACACUGGACUCCAAUGCUAAUGUGCCGUCAUUUGAGAUUAGGCUAACUACAAGCAUGAAAGGCUGUGGUAAUGCAGUGUAGGUUGCAGCUUAUGAUUUUAAAGAAUGCAAACAAGACAAAACCAAACUCUUGCAUCUUCACUGGUUACGUUUUUAAACAGUGUUCCAGUAAGGUGGUGGUGAAGGGAUGUACAGAAAUCUACCAUUUUCACUAACCAAGACAAAAUAAGAAAUUUAGGGCUACAACAGUAGCUAACCAAUGAAAAAGCUGAAGGAUAAAAACAUUGAGAGGAACCUGAGUGGUGUACUACGAAUCUAGCUAGAUGUACUCUGUCUUUUCGGAAGUUAGCUAUAGCUUCACAUUCCAGCUCAGGCUUCAUCCAUAUUACGAAGGUGGGUAUUGCUUGUCCGCCUGCUGCUAACUCUAGCAGGCUUGUAACUGCGUGUGCAUGUUAAACAUGGCUAAUCGAACGCCAAACUCUUUCAUUGAGACAAUACUAAACCAUCAAUCUAUGGGCGAGUCAGUGCCACAUUGUUAUUUUUGCUGAAAUCAACAUGAAAGAAAAGUGAUCUUGCAAAUUCAGGAGGCUAUGGUGUGAAAUAGGCUAUUAGAAGUGCCGUCUGUCUUUCUUUUAUUAACUUACGUAUCAUUAAUGCCGUCUUUGGUGUGCUUGUCAAUGCAGGAGCACCUUUUCCCCCCACUCCUAUAGAUGAAAUAAUUGUUUAAAGUCAUACAAAAGUUUUACUGUGCGUGAAGUCCUGUCAUUACUAAAUGUGUACUGUGAUAGGUAUUUUUUUUACACAAAAAACAUUUGAUGAAUGAAAUAUUUAAAGCUGCAUUAUGUAACUUUUUGGGCGACCCUACCAAAUUCACAUAGAAAUGUUAGUUAUUGAUCUGUCAUUCUCAUUGAAAGCAAGUCUAAGAAGCGGUAGAUCUGUUCUAUGUGCACUUUUUCUAUGCUUCCUGUUCUUAAGUUUUGUUUUUGUGUCUUUUACAUUCGGUUUUGUACACCAGCUUCAAACAGCUGAUAAUACAAUAUUUUGGGUUAUUGAAAAGAUACUGUAUAAUUUCACAGCGGUUUAGAUGGUACAAUGAUUCUCUAUACUAAACAUUGCUUGUUUUGUCACAUAAACUAAAAUUAGGCCAGCUAUUAGACUUUUUGCAAUCAGGAAAUGGCCGAGCGAUUUCUGCAUAUUGCACCUUUAAUCAGUUGUCUUCCUCAAAUGAAGGGGAUGAUGAUGCAAUCUUUGCGAGAGGGAGGGAAUCUGAUUUCAUUGGUCAUCAACUUGCGGCUCAGACACUUCAUUCAGGCUAAGUGGAGUUAGCCUGCCCUGAAACAGGUUAGUUCUGAAGGAUUCAUUGCUGUAGAAAUGUACCUGGCUAAAAGCUGUGAGACUUUCGUGUCACUGGUUAUCCCAAGUUGAACUCAGAGUUGACCAAAGUUAGCUCGCUAACUCCUCAAACCAGAUUCUUAGUACACCACUCAGACCUUUGAGAGGGAGCCUAUCCUCUUAUGGCUGGCUAGGCAUAGCUAUGAAGGUCAAACAAUUGUCAGGUCAGUUUUAAGUGCACAGGGUUUCCCUCCCUCUGAUUUUGACCACCAGCCAUGAGAGCCCAAAGAUCAAAGACAAGGCUCUGGGGUGUGGACAUGGAGCUAAUAGAGAGACACUGGCCUGGUAGAAACCCUAACCUAACCUACCCAGAAGCCAGUGCUGUGAUCAAAACACUCAGCUCACUGCCCCUUUGUGAUCACAAGACAGCAGGAGUGCUCAACUCCUAGACAAUGGCCCAGCUGUCUGUGAUGAAUUGGUAAUUAAUUGAUCUAUUCCCGUCAUUUGUUGGCUUAGGGGUCCACACAGUCUCAGGCCCUAUGUCACAGUAUACCAGAGGUUUUAAACCUGUUUGGAGUUUUCACUUAUGUUUCUUCUUCUAAAAGGAACAAAAUUAUAUAUUUAAGUUUAAUGUAGAUUUCUCUCUCCUCCUCUUCAGACUAUAGGAGCUAUAGGGGCUAAAGGAUCCAUCUAAGCUAAAACCUCUUAGCCCUCUUAUCCUACCCAAUUCUAACCCAGUAACCCUUGGAGACCAACAGACAGUUUGUCCUGUUUUCCCUUCCAGAGGCCUGUACUUCUCUCUAUGUUUCUCUUUACCAAUCAAAUGAGAACUGAUUAUAUAACUCGGGCUCUUUACUCAUCAAAAGCACCCUAAUGCAUGAAAUAGAGCAGGCAAAAAUAUAAUGCCAAAUAUUCCAUAUUUAAUGGGAUCAAAACCAAUUGUGUACUGACUGCAAUUUGUUUUGGAUUUGUAAACCUGUGUUUAUCUUUAGUGAAGAUUGUAUAUAAUGUAAGAUAUCAAGGGUAUGGGUGUGUGUUCGGGGAAUGCAAUCAAACUUUCUUCAAAGAUAUUCUUCCCCAUGUCACCUCCCUGCUUUUACCCUUCUACCUCUGGGGCUGGUCAAUGUGCCAGACCAUGUGCUGUGGCCCUAUUAGAAUAUAUGUCAGGGUCAGCAGAUAGCUGGAUUAGACCAGACUGCCUGGAUCGCUGUAUGUCCUCCACAGAGGAGCUGCAGAUCAUUGGAUUAAGGUUCGGAUUAGAUUCUCUCUCUCACUCACUCACUCACUCACUCACUCACUGGGGCACCGGUUCUGCUGAGACGCUGGUGUCACACUGUUGUCACCCGCUGUCACCCAGGAUCCUCGCUCCAAGACACUUCCCCUUCUCUCAGUGUGGCUCAGCAGAAAUAGAUAGACUACAGCACUCAGUCACUCAGUGCUGGUUGAGAGAUGGACUGUACAAUACUACCUAGGCAGGACAACACAAUACAGUCAUUUACUGACUCACCUGUUAACCUGCCUCUUACAGUGCUUCUGUAGAAUUGUGGAGUUUUGCUUUUGUGGAUAUCCAUAGAAGACAUCUGUGGUGUUGAAAGGAAUAACAUUGUUGCUUUGUUAGGAGUUUGUGGAUUCUAAUUUGAAGGUGUUUUUGGGAUCCUUGUCAUUGUUCGGAUCGCUUCAGAGGUUCAUCAUUAGUACUUUGGGCAGCAUUUGGGGACACCUGAGCAACAGAUGUUGUGCUUGGCUUUAAAGCGUGCAUAGUAUCUCCAAUGGGUUUCUGUCCAAGUGGUCUGGCUGCACUGUUGCUGACAUUGGCGUAUUUGACUACUGGAAUAAUCAAUUGAAUCUGACGUGGCUGUUGGACAUCUGCUUGCAUAUUGACUUAUCGGGGACACACAAAGCCCCCCCAUCUCAAAACUGGUUGUGUGUGUGUAUGCGUGUCCUGGUUGGAGCAGAGUAUUGCUAUGUUUUUGCACCUGGAUUCUCUAGCACAACUCUGGAGUAUAACAUUAGCAUAUGUGAAAUGUUGCAUUCACGUUCACCUCCACACCCUAAAGUUUGACCUUACGCCACAUAUCCCUGAGGCUAAGGAGUGCCUUUCAGUGCCUUAAGUUGACCUGGUACCCCAUGUCGUCUGACUCUUGCCAUCUCACCGGGGCCCAGAGAGCUGUGUGCAGGCUGGUCCACCGGGGCCCCAGACCGCGGGCCCUGCUGAGGCCCAUAAGGCUGGAGCUGGGGGUGUAUGUGGAUAAGACCUGCACUAAACAGAAACACAGGUAUUGGUGGAAGUCCUGCCGACAGCAGGCUCAGACGUAGCACUUAAUUUCACUGUACUAUUAUGCUAUUUGCUCAAGAUAUAGCGUAGAUGCUGACUGCUACUGUAUAGGUUGGCUACUUAUUUCAAGUCAUUCCAUUUCCAACCUAUUUGGGACAAAUCAGUGUCAGGUGGUGCAUAAGUCAUACGUCUUACAGUACUUAACAAGUUAUUUAUGCCAAUGAAUCCCUUGGAAAUUGAUGAAAAUAGUAAUUUUUGUGUAUUAAUACCAUGUCAUUUGUAAGUAAAUACCAGUGAAGUAGUGUACUGUCAAAUAAAUAGCUACUAAUCAUAUUUACAUCUAGAUUAAACUGUGGGGCUAAUCUACACUCAACUCUAGAGUGAGCUGGCUGAAGAACCAGUGUCGUAUCUUUUGCGUUUUUAACAAUAACAUAACAGAAUCCACAUUGGUAUUUCAUUUCAUUUGCUUUCAUCGUACUGUAGCAAUGAUUCUCAGAUGACUGUGGGGAAGGUCUUGGAAUAGACUCAGGAAUGAGGCUUGCUGAGCGAUUUAUGCCAGAUUUCUGUGGAAUGGAUUUCAGACCACGGGUACUAAAAGAAUGAAGUAGAACUCAUUUUCCUUGAAAACAAGUCUGUCACAGUGCUGUACAAUCACAUCAGGCUUCAGGCAUCGUUGAAAAGGCAGUGGGAGUAAGAUAUUUAACUUUACAAAGAUUUUGGAUAGUUUUGUAUGGCAAAAACUGUUAUGCAAAGUUCAGAAAGAGGGUAGGCAUGCAUAUUAUUAUGUAACAAUGGUAACAUAACUAAGGCAUUCUGGAGGGUGAGAGGGAAUGGAGUGACCGUGUACCUCAGAGCCUUGUGACCUGGCUCUACAGCAGUUAUUUCUGGCAUAUACUGUAUAUGGCAUGUAUACUGUAAUUCUAAAGAGAAUAUAGUUAUUAUGUUGACUAAACCCAGACUCUUGAUAAUUGUAGUCUUGGGCUAUAUGUUGGAGGCCCUACAGUAUGCUGAAUAAUAUUUAGCUUUGACAACAUUGACAAAAAGCCUGUGUUUGAUUGGGCAAGGAAAUCUGUAAAUGACUCCAAGGAGCAUGUUCAUUGGUCAUGAGGUUUUGUGUGUAGUGAUAUGAAUUCAGUCUCCUUCCUUAUUGUCAGUGUGGAGAUGAGGUGUUUCCCAUUGUUUCACUCUAAUGACCCCCACUGCAGCCUUUAAGACCUGCAUCACUUCAACACUAGCCUGGUUAAACCAGACUGAACUAGAAUGUGUGGGCUGGACAGCUCUGGGAGGCUGAGACCCUCAUUCUCAAUGCAGGGAAGGAAAGAUGUCAGUUAUCUUUACCAUAUCAACUGGACUUUAAAUAGUAGCAUUAUGGAAAGAUAGAGAUGAGAUAGAGGAGCUGAAAGGACAAUGUCUCCAAGGUACUCAUGUCAGAGUGACGGUGAUUCUUCUGACACUCUUGCCAUGGUAACUGCACAGUGAUAUGCAUUCAGACACUGUUGCCAUGGAGACAUAAACCACGUUUCCAUCUACAGUUUUUAUGCGAGUAAAGUCACACAGGGAAAAAAAAUCAUGACAGCUGUGAUGGAAACAGGUAGUUUCGGUACAAUUUUAUAAAUGCCGACAGAUGAUUUGUUCGUUCGACAUGGUGGGAUCUUUUUGUGUUAUUAAAUUUAAUUAUGUGGGAAAUGGUGGUGGAAACACCUACACUACCGGUCAAAAGUUUUAGAACACCUACUCAUUCAAGGGUUUUUCUUAAUUUUUACAAUUUUCUACAUUGUUGAAUAAUAGUGAAGACAUCAAAACUAUGAAAUAACACAUAUGGAAUCAUGUAGUAACCAAAAAAGUGUUAAACAAAUCAAAAUAUAUUUUAUAUUUGAGAUUCUUCAAAUAGCCACCCUUUGCCUUGAUGACAGCUUUGCAGACUCUUGGCAUGCUCUCAACCAGCUUCAUGAUGUUGUCACCUGGAAUGCAUUUCAAUAAAUAGCUGUGCCUUAUUAAAAGUUAAUUUGUGGAAUUUCUUCCCUUAAUGCGUUUGAGCCAAUCAGUUGUGUUGUGACAAGGUGGUGGGGGGGUAUACAGAAGAUAGCCCUAUUUGGUAAAAGACCAAGUCCAUAUUAUGGCAAGAACAGCUCAAAUAAGCAAAGAGAAACGACAGUCCAUCAUUACUUUAAGACAUGAAGGUCAGUCAAUACGGAACAUUUCAAGAACUUUGAAAGUUUCUUCAAGUGCAGUCGCAAAAACCAUCAAGCGCUAUGAUGAAACUGGCUCUCAUGAGGACCGCCACAGGAAUGGAAGACCCUGAGUUACCUCUGCUGCGGAGGAUAAGUUAAUUAGAGUUACCAGCUUCAGAAAUUGCAGCCCAAAUAAAUGCUUGACAGAGUUCAAGUAACAGACACAUCUCAACAUCAACUGUUCAGAAGAGACUGUGUGAAUCAGGCCUUCAUGGUCGAAUUGCUGCAAAGAAACCACCACUAAAGGACACCAAUAAUAAGAAGAGACUUGCUUGGGCCAAGAGACACGAGCAAUGGACAUUGGACAGGUGGAAAUGUGUCCUUUGGUCUCGAGUCCAAAUUGGAGAUUUUUGGUUCCAACCGCCGUGUCUUUGUGAGACAUGGUGUGGGUGAACGGAUGAUCUCCGCAUGUGUAUUUCCCACCGUAAAGCAUGGAGGAGGAGGUAUUAUGGUGUGGGGGUGCUUUGCUGGUGACACUGUCUGUGAUUUAUUUAGAAUUCAAGGCACACUUAACCAGCAUGGCUACCACAGCAUUCUACAGCGAUACACCAUCCCAUCUGGUUUGGGUUUAGUGGGACUAUCAUUUGUUUUUCAGCAGGACAAUGACCCAACAUACCUCCAGGCUGUGUAAGGGCUAUUUUACCAAGAAGGAGAGUGAUUGGAGUGAUGCAUCAGAUGACCUGACCUCCACAAUCCCCCGACCUCAACCAAAUUGAGAUGGUUUGGGAUGAGUUGGACUGCAGAGUGAAGGAAAAGCAGCCAACAAGUGCUCAGCAUAUGUAGGAACUCCUUCAAGACUGUUGGAAAAGCAUUCCAGGUGAAGCGGGCGGAGGCGGCAGGUAGCUUAGUGGUUAAGAGCGUUGUGCCAGUAACCAAAAGGUUGCUGGUUCUAAUCCCCGAGCCGACUAGGUGAAAAAUCUGUCUGUGCCCUUGAGCAAGGCACUUAACCCUAAUUGCUCCUGUAAGUCGCUCUGGAUAAGAGCGUCUGCUAAAUGACUAAAAUGUAAAUGUAAAUGAAGCUGGUUGAGAGAAUGCCAAGAGUCUGCGAAGCUGUCAUCAAGGCAAAGGGUAGCUAUUUGAAUAUUUUAUGAUUCGUUUAGCACUUUUUUGGUUACUACAUGAUUCCAUAUGUGUUAUUUCAUAGUUUUGAUGUCUUCACUAUUAUUCUACAACAUAGAAAAUAGUAAAAAUAAAGAAAAACCCUUGAAUGAGUAGGUGUUCUAAAGCUUUUGACCGGUAGUGUAUAUGCGCAAAUAUUGAUAUAAUAACCAUCAUAUCAUAACCAUAAAAAGUAAACUUGGAGUCACGCGAUUAUAAAAUGUGUGGUCCUCCCACUAUGACUAGGGAAACUAUGCAGUUUAUUAAGUUAUGAUGAACUUCACAGGGUGGUGAAAGUGCACAGAGAUCUUGAUGCUCCUUUCCAAGACAUAUCAAGGGUCUUAUUCUGGUGACAUGAUGAUUGAUGCUUGACUGCCGUUUGACAAAUAAAAAUAUCCUUAUCCAUAAUAAUCUCAUCAUGUAGAUAAGCCUACCCUCACAGCCUACCCGCACUGUAUUUGCUAGCUGUUGGCUAGAGCGCACCCACCAAGACCAGAGUAGUCACAAAAACGUUUGUGUUAAAUAGCAAAUGUGCCAAAACUAUUAGUAGAGUUGAAAAUGCGAUGGAAACACAUUGAACUUUAGAUUUUUGUUCAGUACAUUUUGUGUGCACUACGUCAUCACACACUGACUUUUAUCCUCAACAAGUCUGUUUGGUGGAAACACACCAUUGGUGGGAAAUUGCACCGUUUUCUUUAUACGGAUUUUAGAAUGUUUGCAUGAAAAUCUGUCGCCAAUUGGAUGGAAACCUAGCUAUUGUGACAGAGUUUUCGGACACAAUUGCCAUGGUAACGUCAGAGGGACACUGAUGUUAUUUCUCUCUUUCUCUGUCCAUAUGUGUAUGUGUGUAUUCAGGAUGGAGGCUUCAUGUCUGGAAUUGGCCCUGGAGGGAGAGAGGCUGUGUAAGGCGGGGGACUUUAAAGGGGGGACAGCGUUUUUCGAGGCGGCUGUGCAGGUGGGAACAGAAGACCUGAAGACCCUCAGUGCCAUCUACAGCCAGCUGGGCAAUGCCUACUUCUACCUGAAGGAAUACGGCAAGGCCCUGGAGUACCACAGACACGACCUCACUCUGGCCAGGUGAGGCCACGGAAUACCAGGCAACAUCAUGUCUGAUCAUGGAUUCAAAUUGUAGUUGAAGGAUUUCAACAUGUUUAAAAGAUAAAUUGUAUAGACUGCAAUGAAUGUGUAUUUAAUUUAUACUGAAGUCAUUCAUAAAGCAUAAGAGAGUAAACAGUUAUCAUUCAUUAUGGGUUGGAUACUGUACAGAGUUGCCCUGCUAGAUAAAUAUGAGAGUUUGAUAUUGUUAAUUUCGAUGAGGGACCCCCUUGGUAUUUAGCUCAGAUGGCUAAGCCUGUCUCCUGUGGAGAGGGGUGCAGUUGGUAGCCUGGCAGGGAGGCGAUUACAAAGCCAGGGGGCUGCUGCCUUGAUACAUUACAAUAACAGCAGGACAACUGGAACCCUGUCCUAAGAAGGAAGGUACCUGUCAGACAGUUAGAUAAUCAAAUCAAUAAAGAUCUAAGUAAUAUAACAAUAUAUAUAUGCCAUUUAGCAGAUGCCUUUAUCCAAAAGCAACUUACAGUCAUGCGUGCAUAAAUGUUUCGCAUGGGUGGUCCCAGGGGUAAUCGAACCCACAAUCUUGACGUUGCAAGCGCCAUGCUCCUCUAACUGUGUUUUUGUACUGACAAUGACAGCAAUGGAUUUGGCAAGACAGCAAUAACGGAUCUGGAACACAGGCUAUGAUUGAUUAUAACUUGAAAACCAUGACUGAUAAUGAGAUAUGGUCUCUAUUCUCAGGACAAUAGGGGACAGGAUAGGGGAAGGGAAAGCCAGUGGUAACCUUGGAAACACGCUGAAGGUUUUAGGGCGCUUCGACGAGGCGGCAGUGUGCUGUCAGAGACACCUGGACAUCUCUCAAGAGCAAGGGGACAAGGUAGCGUACACACACACACACUCAAACACACACACACCGGCAUCACAUUGGAUUGGAGGAUUGCAUCUGUUUAGUACCUUUCAUCAGAUUUUGAGGAACGGCGUGUUGUAUUGAAAAUAACUGUUGAGUGUGGUCCAUGCUAUUUCAGUUGAAAAAUUCCAUAAUGUCUUCCAAUGUCUCUAUUUGUAUUCUAAAGUUGCUCAUUGCUUUCUCCCUUUUCCCUUUCUGACCAGGUGGGAGAGGCAAGGGCUUUGUAUAAUAUAGGGAACGUGUUCCAUGCCAAGGGGAAGCAGCAGUUAUGGGGCUGCACCCAGGACCCUGGGGACCUCCCACCAGACGUCAGAGAUACACUGCAAAGAGCUACUGGCUUCUACGAGUGAGUGUUAUGCUCUAUACACGUGUUAAUGAACACACACAUACUCUACACACAUAUGAACACAAGCUUACACACAGCACAGCACAGCACAUACACCAUACAUAUAUCCCACUGGGAUAGCUCCUUCAAAAUCCUUCUCUGCGGGCAAUUAACACUACUUUAAUCAGUCUGUGAAGGAGAGGGAUAAAAGUGAAUAACCUUUACAGUUAAAAACAAUUACUGUAGUACACAAUCCCUUGUGGACACACUGAGAUGCUUCCUCAGGGCUUUUGUUUGGUAUGACAACACGCUGACAGGCCAGUUGCCUAUGUCAAAGCUUUCAUACAGUGAGGGAAAAAGUAUUUGAUCCCCUGCUGAUUUUGUACGUUUGCCCACUGACAAAAACAUGAUCAGUCUAUAAUUUUAAUGGUAGGUUUAUUUGAACAGUGAGAGACAGAAUAACAACAGAAACAUCCUGAAAAACGCAUAUCAAAAAUGUUAUAAAUUGAUUUGCAUUUUAAAGAGGGAAAUAAGUAUUUGACCCCUCUGCAAAACAUGACUUAGUACUUGGUGGCAAAACCCUUGUUGGCAAUCAGAGGUCAGACGUUUCUUGUAGUUGGCCAUCAGGUUUGCACACAUCUCAGGAGGGAUUUUGUUCCACUCCUCUUUGCAGAUCUUCUCCAAGUCAUUAAGGUUUCGAGACUGAUGUUUGGCAACUCGAACCUUCAGCUCCCUCCACAGAUUUUAUAUGGGAUUAAGGUCUGGAGACUGGCUAGGCCACUCCAGGACCUUAAUGUGCUUCUUCUUGAGCCACUCCUUUGUUGCCUUGGCCGUGUGUUUUGGGUCAUUGUCAUGCUGGAAUACCCAUCCAUGACCCAUUUUCAAUGCCCUGGCUGAGGGAAGGAGGUUCUCACCCAAGAUUUGACGGUACAUGGCCCCGUUUAUCGUCCCUUUGAUGCGGUGAAGUUGUCCUGUCCCCUUAGCAGAAAAAACCCCCCAAAGCAUAAUGUUUCCACCUCCAUGUUUGACGGUGGGGAUGGUGUUCUUGGGGUCAUAGGCAGCAUUCCUCCUCCUCCAAACACGGUGAGUUGAGUUGAUGCCAAAGAGCUCGAUUUUGGUCUCAUCUAACCACAACACUUUCACCCAGUUCUCCUCUGAAUUAUUCAGAUGUUCAUUGGCAAACCUCAGACGGGCCUGUAUAUGUGCUUUCUUGAGCAGGGGGACCUUGCGGGCGCUGCAGGAUUUCAGUCCUUCACGGCGUAGUGUGUUACCAAUUGUUUUCUUGGUGACUAUGGUCCCAGCUGCCUUGAGAUCAUUGACAAGAUCCUCCCGUGUAGUUCUAGGGUGAUUCCUCACCGUUCUCAUGCUCAUUGCAACUCCACGAGGUGAGAUCUUGCAUGGAGCCCCAGGCCGAGGGAGAUUGACAGUUAUUUUGUGUUUCUUCCAUUUGCGAAUAAUCGCUCCAGCUGUUGUCACCUUCUCACCAAGCUGCUUGGCGAUGGUCUUGUAGCCCAUUCCAGCCUUGUGUAGGUCUACAAUCUUGUCCCUGACAUCAUUGGAGAGCUCUUUGGUCUUGGCCAUGUUGGAGAGUUUGGAAUCUGAUUGAUUGAUUGCUUCUUUAAGAGUGUGCUCCUAAUCUCAGCUCGUUACCUGUAUAAAAGAUACCUGGGAGCCAGAAAUCUUUCUGAUUGAGAGGGGGUCAAAUACUUAUUUCCCUCGUUAAAAUGCAAAUCAAUUUAUAACAUUUUUGACAUGCGUUUUUCUGGAUUUUGUUGUUGUUAUUCUGUCUCUCACUGUUCAAAUAAACCUACCAUUAAAAAUAUAGACUGAUCAUUUAUUUGUCAGUGGGCAAACGUACAAAAUCAGCAGGGGAUCAAAUACUUUUUUCCCUCACUGUAACUACUGAUGUACUGUAGGCUACUGUAAACGUUGUGUAUCCAGGAGGUACAAAAUACUGUAUACAGUGCCUUCAGAAAGUAUUCAUACCCCUUGAUUUAUUCCUAAUUCUGUUGUGUUACAGCCUGAAUUCAAAAUGGAUUAAACAUAUUUUUUUGCUCACCCAUCUACACACAAUACCCCAUAAUGACAAAGUGAAAACAUGUUUUCAGAAAUAUCUCAUUUACAUAAGUAUUCACACCCCUGAGUCAAUACUUUGUAGAAACAGCUUGGGCAGCAACUACAGCUGUGAGUCUUUCUGUGUAAUUCUUGGAUUGUGCAACAUUUGCCUAUUAUUCUUUUCAAAAUUCUUCAAGCUCUGUCAAAUUGAUUUUUUAUCAUUGCUAGAGAACCAUUUUCAGGUCUUGCCAUAGAUUUUCAUGUAGAUUUAAUUCAAAACUGUAACUCGGCCACUCAGGAACAUUCACUGUCUUCUUGGUAAGCAACUCCAGUGUAGAUUUGACCUGUUUUAGGUCAUUCUUCUGCUGAAAGGUAAAUUCAUCUCCCAGUGUCUGGUGGAAAGCAGACUAAAACAGUUUUUUUAUGCUGAAAAACUCCCCAGUCCUUAAUGGUUACAAGCACACCCAUAACAUGAUGCAGCCACCACUAUGCUUGAAAAUAUGGAGAGUGGUACUCAGUAAUGUGUUGUACUGGACUUUGUAUUCAGGCAAAAAUGUAAUUGUUUUGCCACAAUUUUUGCAGUGUUACUUUAGUGCCUUGUUGCAACCAGGAUGCAUGUUUUGGAAUAUUUUUAUUCUAUACAAGCUUCCUUCUUUUCACUCUGUCAAUUAGUUUAGUAUUGUGGAGUAACUACAAUGUUGUUGAUCCAUUCUCAGUUUUCUCCUAUCACAGCAAUUAAAAUCUAUAACUGUUUUUAAGUCACCAUCGGCCUCAUGGUGAAAUCCCUGAACGGUUUCCUUCCUCGCCGGCAACGGAGUUAGGAAGGACGCCUGUAUCUUUGUAGUGACUGGGGGUAUUGAUAAACCAUCUAAAGUGUAAUUAAUAACUUCACCAUGCUCAAAGGGAUAUUCAAUGUCUGCUUUUAAUUUUCUUUUACCCAUCUACCAAUAGGUGCCCUUCUUUGCGAGGCAUUGGAAAACCUCCCUGGUCAUUGUGGUUGAAUCUGUGUUUGAAAUUCACUGCUCGACUGAGGGACCUUACAGAUAAUUGUAUGUGUGGGGUACAGAGAUGAGGUAGUCAUUUAAAAAUCAUGUUAAACACUGUUAUUGCACACAGUGUGAGUCCAUGCAACUUAUAAUGUGACUUGUUAAACACAUUUUUACUCUUGAAUUUAUUUAGGCUUGCCAUAACAAAGGGGUUGAAUACUUAUUGACUCAAGACAUUUCAGCUUUUCAUUUUUUAUGAAUUUGUAAAAAUAUCAAAAAACAUAAUUCCACUUUGACAUUAAUCUCAAUUUAAUCCAUUGUAAAUUCAGGAUGUACCACAACAAAGUGUGGAAAAAGUUGAGGGGUGUGAAUACUUUCUGAAGGCACUGUAGAAUGUUCACUCCAAGACAACAACAAUGUGACUUUGUAUAAUUUGUGUAAAACACAAUUGUAACAAACUCAAGUCCUCCUCUCUUCUAAAGGAUGAACCUGUGUCUGGUCAAAGAGCUGGGCGACAGAGCCGCUCAGGGGAGGGCCUUUGGUAACCUAGGCAACACCCACUACCUGUUGGGAAAUUUUUUGGAGGCCAUCAAAUUCCACAGACAGGUGAGAUACAUAUACAUAUCCCUGGGACAGUAGUCAACGUCAUCUGAUGUACUAGUAAAGAGAUACACACAAUAGUGUGACAUACAGUUGAAGUCAGAAGUUUACAUACACUUAGGUUGGAGUCAUUAAAACUCGUUUUUCAACCACUCUACAAAUUUCUUGUUAACAAACUAUAGUUUGGCAAGUCGGUUAGGACAUCUACUUUGUGCAUGACACAAGUAAUUUUUCCAACAAUUGUUUACGGAAAGAUUUUUUCACUUAUACAGUAAUUCACUGUAUCACAAUUCCAGUGGGUCAGAAGUUUACAUACACUAAGUUGACUGUGCCUUUAAACAGUCCCCUGUAGCUCAGUUGGUAGAGCAUGGCACUUGCAACGCCAGGGUUGUGGGUUUGUUUCCCACGGGGGGCCAGUAUGAAAAUGUAUGCACUCACUAACUGUAAGUCGCUCUGGAUAAGAGCGUCUGCUAAAUGACUCAAAUGUAAAAAUGUAAACGGCUUGGAAAAUUCCAGAAAAUUAUGUCAUGGCUUUAGAAGCUUCUGAUGGGCUAAUAGACAUAAUUUGAGUCGAUUGGAGGUGUACCUGUGGAUUUAUUUCAAGGCUUACCUUCAAACUCAGUGCCUCUUUGCUUGACAUCAUGGGAAAAUCAAAAGAAAUCAGCCAAGACCUCAGAAAGAAAAUUGUAGACCUCCACAAGUCUGGUUCAUCCUUGGGAGCAAUUUCCAAACGCCUGAAGAUACCACGUUCAUCUGUACAAACAAUAGUACGCAAGUAUAAACACCAUGGGACCACGCAGCCGUCAUACCGCUCAGGAAGGAGACGCGUUCUGUCUCCUAGAGAUGAACAUACUUUGGUGCGAAUAGUGCAAAUCAAUCCCAUAACAACAGCAAAGGACCUUGUGAAGCUGCUGGAGGAAACGGGUACAAAAGUAUGUAUAUCCACAGUAAAACGAGUCCUAUAUCGACAUAACCUGAAAGGCCGCUCAGCAAGGUAGAAGCCACUGCUCCAAAACCGCCAUAAAAUGCCAGACUACGGUUUGCAACUGCACAUGGGGACAAAGAUCGUACUUUUUGGAGAAAUGUCCUCUGGUCUGAUGAAACAUAAAUAGAACUGUUUGGGCAUAAUGACCAUCGUUAUGUUUGGAGGAAAAAGGGGGGGCUUGCAAGCCGAAGAACACCAUCCCAACCGUGAAGCACGGGGGUGGCAGCAUCAUGCUGUGGGGAUGCUUUGCCUCAGGAGGGACUGGUGCACUUCACAAAAGAGAUGGCAUCAUGAGGAAGGAAAAUGAUGUGGAUAUAUUGAAGCAACAUCUCAAGACAUCAGUCAGGAAGUUAAAGCUUGGUCGCAAAUGGGUCUUCCAAAUGGACAAUGACCUCAAGUAUAUUUCCAAAGUUGUGGCAAAAUGGCUUAAGGACAACAAAGUCAAGGUAUCGGAGUGGCCAUCACAAAGCCCUGACCUCAAUCCUAUAGAAGAUUUGUGGGCAGAACUGAAAAAGCGUGUGCGAGCAAGGAGGCCUACAAACCUGACUCAGUUACACCAGCUCUGUCAGGAGGAAUGGGCCAAAAUUAACCCAACUUAUUGUGGGAAGCUUGUGGAAGGCUAGCCGAAACGUUUGACCCAAGUUAAACAAUUUAAAGGCAAUGCUACCAAAUACUAAUUGAGUGUAUGUAAACUUCUGACCAACUGGGAAUGUGACGAAAGAAAUAAAAGCUGAAAUAAAUAAUUCUCUCUACUAUUAUUCUGAUAUUUCACAUUCUUAAAAUAAAGUGGUGAUCCUAACUGACCUAAGACAGGGAAUUUUUUUCAUUAAAUGUCAGGAAUUGUGAAAAACUGAGUUUAAAUGUAUUUGGGUGUGUACAUUUCCGACUUCAACUGUAAGUGUGACAUUACAUAAUGAAUGGAAGGUGUUUUCACACUAGAUCAUUUCGCCCCUGGGUGAAAACACAUAAGAGACAUUUGCCUUUGUCUUUGAAAAUGAGUUCAAUGUAAAGUGUAUGACAUACUUACAAAACAUACAAGUAUCAGUUUUGUAGCACAAUAUUGCUCCAUCAAUAGGGUAAAGACUGGUCAAGGCCAACAAUAUAGACACAUACAGUACAUUUACAAGAAAAUAUAUCAACUUUAUUUUGUUCACAGAGACUCUCCAUUGCCAAGGAGUUCGGUGACAAAGCAGCAGAACGUAGAGCCUAUAGUAACCUAGGCAACGCUCUGAUUUUCCUGGGCCAGUUCAACACUGCCACGGAGUACUACAGGUUAGAAGAGACUACAACACUGACACCUAGUGGACAUGAUGUGUGUCAACCAAUGAGGCUCAGAGCGCUACGUGAUAUGUUAGACUUCAUUACCUGCAUGCAUUCAAAUCUAAUAAUGUUUUAGAUCAAUAUAAUGUAUGAGAUUAAUUCAUAAUAAGAAUGUGUCAUUUAAAAUAAAUUGUUGGAAUUGUGUGUGGGAUAGUAAAAAACACGAUCUAACUUUAAAUAUAUCUGUUCUCCUCUUUUUCCAUUCAUCACCCUCUCUCCCUCUGUAUACAUCUAAUUUCCUCUACCUCGCUCUCUCCUUCUCCCCGUCUCCCUCUUCCAUCCAGGAAAACUCUGCAGCUGUCUCGUCAGUUAAAGGACCAGGUGAUGGAGGCCCAGGCAUGUUACAGCCUGGGGAACACCUACACUUUGCUGCAGCAGUACGAGAGAGCCAUAGACUACCACCUCAAACACCUCCUCAUAGCCCAGGAGCUCACUGACAGGUACACACACCUACAGUGAGGGAAAAAAGUAUUUGAUCCCCUGCUGAUUUUGUACGUUUGCCCACUGACAAAGACAUGAUCUGUCUAUAAUUUUAAUGGUAGGUUUAUUUGAACAGUGAGGGACAGAAUAACAACAAAAACAUCCAGAGAAACGCAUGUCAAAAAUGUUAUAAAUGUAUUUGCUUUUUAAUGAGGGAAAUAAGUAUUUGACCCCUCUGCAAAACAUGACUUAGUACUUGGUGGCAAAACCCUUGUUGGCAAUCACAGAGGUCAGACGUUUCUUGUAGUUGGCCAUCAGGUUUGCACACAUCUCAGGAGGGAUUUUGUCCCACUCCUCUUUGCAGAUCUUCUCCAAGUCAUUAAGGUUUCGAGGCUGACGUUUGGCAACUCGAACCUUCAGCUCCCUCCACAGAUUUUCUAUGGGAUUAAGGUCUGGAGACUGGCUAGGCCACUCCAGGACCUUAAUGUGCUUCUUCUUGAGCCACUCCUUUGUUGCCUUGGCUGUGUGUUUUGGGUCAUUGUCAUGCUGGAAUACCCAUCCACGACCAAUUUUCAAUGCCCUGGCUGAGGGAAGGAGGUUCUCACCCAAGAUUUGACGGUACAUGGCCCCGUCCAUCGUCCCUUUGAUGCGGUGAAGUUGUCCUGUCCCCUUAGCAGAAAAACACCCCAAAAGCAUAAUGUUUCCACCUCCAUGUUUGACGGUGGGGAUGGUGUUCUUGGGGUCAUAGGCAGCAUUCCUCCUCCUCCAAACACGGCGAGUUGAGUUGAUGCCAAAGAGCUCGAUUUUGGUCUCAUCUGACCACAACACUUUCACCCAGUUCUCCUUUGAAUCAUUCAGAUGUUCAUUGGCAAACUUCAGACAGGCCUGUAUAUGUGCUUUCUUGAGCAGGGGGACCUUGCGGGCGCUGCAGGAUUUCAGUCCUUCACGGCGUAGUGUGUUACCAAUUGUUUUCUUUGUGACUAUGGUCCCAGCUGCCUUGAGAUCAUUGACAAGAUCCUCCCGUGUAGUUCUGGGCUGAUUCCUCACCGUUCUCAUGAUCAUUGCAACUCCACGAGGUGAGAUCUUGCAUGGAGCCCCAGGCCGAGGGAGAUUGACAGUUAUUUUGUGUUUCUUCCAUUUGCGAAUAAUCGCACCAACUGUUGUCACCUUCUCACCAAGCUGCUUGGCGAUGGUCUUGUAGCCCAUUCCAGCCUUGUGUAGGUCUACAAUCUUGUCCCUGCAUCCUUGGAGAGCUCUUUGGUCUUGGCCAUGGUGGAGAGUUUGGAAUCUGAUUGAUUGAUUGCUUCUGUGGACAGGUGUCUUUUAUACAGGUUACAAACUGAGAUUAGGAGCACUCCCUUUAAAAGUGUGCUCCUAAUCUCAGCUCGUUACCUGUAUAAAAUACACCUGGGAGCCAGAAAUCUUUCUGAUUGAGAGGGGGUCAAAUACUUAUUCCCCUCAUUAAAAUGCAAAUCAAUUUAUAACAUUUUUGACAUGUUUUUCUGGAUUUUUGUUGUUGUUAUUCUGUCUCUCACUGUUCAAAUAAACCUACCAUUAAAAUGAUAGACUGAUCAUUUCUUUGUCAGUGUGCAAACGUACAUAAUCAGCAGGGGAUCAAAUACAAUACACUUUUUUCCCUCACUGUAUGUGCACACUCAAAUGCAGUCACACACAGACACACACACACACACACACACACACACACAUAAACACUUCCACGCAAGCACACAAGCAAGCAUGCACACAUGCACCACAGGAGGUUGGUGGCACCUUAAUUGGGGAGGAUGGGCUCGUGGUAAUGGCUGGAGAUGAAUCAGUGGAAUAGUAUCAAAUACAUCAAGCACAUUGUUUGAUGCCAUUCCAUUUGCUCCGUUCCAGCCAUCAUUAUGAGCCGUCCUCCCCUCAGCAGUCUCAACUGACAUGCACACAAACCUUAAAACCUUAACAUGAUUAUCAUUAUGGUGUUUGAUUUGUUCCUUCUCUAACUGUACGUGUUGAUAGGGUUGGAGAGGGUCGUGCCUGCUGGAGUCUGGGAAAUGCCUAUGUGUCUUUAGGGAAUCAUCGCCAGGCCCUGCACUAUGCCCGCAAACACCUGGAUAUCUCCAGAGAGGUAACCACUGCAUUUUUAAGGAGUUAUAUUACUAUUUAUUUUCAAGACCAAUAUAUUUGUCGUUGCUAUUAUCAGACUAACAAUAAUCAAACAGUGAAAUCCCAUACACCUGUAGUCAAUAAGGUCUCUCUUUCUCCCUUCUCCCUCGCUCAGAUUGGGGACAGGAAUGGCGAGUUGACAGCCAGGAUGAAUGUGGAGCAGCUGAUGGAGGCUCUGGGGGUCAACGAGAGUGACCUUUCACCCUGCGGGUCAGAGUUCGAGGUGCAAGGUAAAAGGGAGAUUUCCUUCUAUGGUUCUACUUUGAACUUGUAUGUUCAG